AUGUUGCGGGUCAAGGACCCCCAGCGAUCGUUGGAGUUCUACAAGUUCCUCGGUAUGAGCGUGGUCAUCAAGAUGGACGUCCCGGAAGGAAAGUUCACAAACUACUUCCUGGCCUAUACCGGCCCUAAGUCUCUGAAUGGAGAUUGCCACUUCACCGAUCUCCAAGGUACCGUUGAACUCUGCCACAAUUGGGGUACCGAGAACGAUCCCGAGUACAGUGUCGUCAACGGCAACACCGAGCCACACCGAGGCUUCGGUCAUCUCGCCAUCUCCGUCGACAACAUUGAAGUCGCUUGCAAGCGGAUCGAGGAUGCCGGAUAUACUUUCCAGAAGAAGCUGACCGAGGGUCGCAUGCGACACAUCGCCUUUGCGAAGGAUCCCGAUGGAUACUGGGUCGAGAUCAUUAAGCGUGCCGAGGAGAAUCUGUCCACCACCACCGAUCCGGGCUCCUACCGCAUGAACCACUCCAUGCUGCGUGUCAAGGAUGCCGAGGCCAGUCUCAAAUUCUACCAAGAGUCUAUGGGUAUGACCUUGGUUCGCACAGUUGAGAACCCGGACAACAAGUUUAAUCUGUACUUCCUGGCUUAUGCAAAGGUCCCCGCGGACGGCAAGACCUCGGACAUGGAGGGACUACUAGAGUUGACUUGGAAUUAUGGCACCGAGAAGCAGGAGGUGCUUACCGUGGUACUCUUCCUAGGCAUCUCCACCGACGAUCUGCAAGGCGCAUGCGACCGCUUCGAGUCCCUCAAGGUGCCUUUCAAGAAGCGUCUCACCGAUGGCAUGAUGAAGAACAUCGCUUUCAUUCUGGACCCCGAUGGAUACUGGAUUGAGGUGAUCCAAAAUGAACGGAUCAAGCGCACCUCCAACUGGUGA